CGCAGUUGUCCCGUGAGAUGAGGCGGGGGGCUUCUUGCUCGUGGGAGCCCUGCCACGCAGCCUGGUAGGAAGAUCCAGGUAUAAACCUCCCAAGACUGAAAGCAAAAGAAAGGAUCAGAAAAGGAUCUACUGGGAAGAUUUUCUUUCUUUCUUGGAAUCCUAUUGGAUUUUGGAGCAGAUCAGCCAUUUGAAAGCACUGAAGAAGAUCUGGGAAAGGCUGCCCAAUUGUGUAGUUCACAUAUUAUAAAUCACGGAGCUCUGGGAAAAGGGACGUUGAUAAUGAAAAUGGACAUGGAGGACGCUGACAUGACUCUAUGGACAGAGGCUGAAUUUGAAGAGAAGUGUACAUAUAUUGUAAAUGAUCACCCUGCGGAUUCCAGUACUGAAAGUGGCACCAUAACCCAGGCUGAGUCUUCCUUGCCAAGGAACUUGAUUUUCAAAUAUGCUGGAAAUUGCAAAGAGGUUAUUGGAGUUAUUAGCAAAGAAUAUAUCCCUAAAGGAACACGUUUUGGACCUCUGGUUGGAGAGAUCUAUACCACUGACACUGUUCCUAAAAACGCAAGCAGAAAAUAUUUUUGGCGGAUAUAUUCCGAUGGUGGUGAGCUUCACCACUUCAUUGAUGGAUUUAAUGAAGAAAAAAGCAAUUGGAUGCGCUAUGUAAACCCAGCUCAUUCUGUUCAGGAGCAGAAUCUGGCUGCUUGUCAGAAUGGAAUGAACAUUUACUUCUACACCAUCAAACCCAUCCCCUCCAACCAGGAAUUACUUGUGUGGUAUUGCCGGGACUUUGCAGAUAGGUUGCAUUAUCCUUCUACUGGAGACCUGGUGAUGAAUAUCACACACAGUCAUGCAAGCCCAAAGCAGCAAACAAAUAGCAAAGAUGGAUUUCAUCAGAAAAACGUCCCCAAAAGAGAGCACAGUGUGAAGGAAAUCCUGAAAAAUGAUUCCAGCCAUCCUAAAGGAAAGGAUUUACUUCUCACCCACAUUUCACCACAUAUUCAAGAAAAAGACUUUGAAGGCUUAAGAAAAAACUGUAGCCCUGAAAGGCCUUUCUACCCACGUGUUGUCUAUCCAAUUCGACCUCAUAUUCCAGAAGAUUACCUGAAAGCUUCUCUAUCUUAUGGGAUGGAGAGGCCUAGUUACAUUGCCCACUCUCCCGUCCAGGCUUCUACCACACCAAGCCCUUCAGCAAGAAGUAGCCCAGACCAAAGUUUGAAAAGCUCAAGCCCUCACAGCAGCCCAAGGAUUACAGUUUCGCCCCUGGCUCCUAUGUCUCAAGAGCACAGAGAACCUUAUCCUUACUUGAAUGGACCUUAUAGCUCAGAAGGCUUAGGGUCAUAUACUGGUUAUGCAACCUCGAACCAUCUCUCACAAGCCUUUAUACCCUACAAUUCCCCCUAUCAUAAAUUCCUCUUACCACCCUACAACAUGAGCUGUGGCAGCCUCAGUACUUUGAACAGCAUCAACAACUUCAACCUUCUGCCAAGGAUGUAUCCUUUCUACAGCAACUUAUUCAAUGGAGGAAGCCUUUCUAAUCAUAUGCUGAAUCCAUCUUCCCUUCCAAGUUCAUUGCCAUCUGAUGGGAGACGUCAGCUGUUACCAUCUGACCAUCGACGGGACUUCCUUAUCCCUGCACAUAAUAGUGCCUUCUCCAUCACAGGAGCUGCUGCCAGCAUGAAAGACAAGCCAUGCAGCCCAACCAGUGGAUCACCCACAGCUGGCACAGCAGCCACUUCAGAACAUAUUAUACAACCUAAACCUACCUCAGCGGGGUUGGCUGCCACCAGCAGUGAGGAAGCCAUCAAUCUCAUCAAGAGCAAGCGAAAUAUGACUGGUUACAAAACACUUCCAUAUCCACUGAAGAAACAGAAUGGGAAGAUAAAGUACGAAUGCAACGUCUGCUCCAAAACCUUUGGCCAGCUCUCUAAUUUAAAAGUUCACCUCCGAGUACAUAGUGGAGAAAGACCAUUUAAAUGUACUACAUGUAAUAAAGGAUUUACUCAGCUGGCUCACCUCCAAAAGCACUAUCUGGUACACACAGGAGAAAAGCCCCAUGAGUGUCAGGUUUGCCAUAAACGAUUCAGCAGCACAAGCAACCUGAAGACACAUCUGCGGCUCCACUCUGGAGAGAAGCCUUAUCAGUGCAAACUCUGCCCUGCUAAAUUCACCCAGUUCGUGCAUCUGAAGUUGCACAAACGUCUCCACACCAGGGAGCGCCCGCAUAAGUGCAUCCACUGCCAUAAGAGCUACAUCCACCGCUGUAGCCUCAAAGUCCACCUCAAGGGCAACUGCCCAGUUGUCCCUGCAUCUAAUCUUUCCACAGAGGACCUGAAUCGGAUCAAUGAAGAAAUAGAGAAAUUUGACAUCAGUGACAGUGCGGACAGGUUAGACGAUGUUGAAGACAAUGUUGACAUGGCAUCCGUAGUUGAAAAAGAAAUAUUGGCUGUGCUCAGAAGAGAGAUGGAAGGAGCCAGUCUUAAAGCCUCAUUGCAGAGGAACCUGGGAAAUGGACUGAUCGCCUCCGGAUGCAAUCUUUAUGAAUCAUCAGAUAUUGUGAAGUUGCCUCAUGGUCAUCCUCUACCUCGGAUACCUAUAAAGGUCAAGCAAGAAACAGUUGAACCAAUGGACCCUUAAACUCUGUGUGUGGGUUUGUGUGUCUGUGCACAUGUUUAUACAUGUGCUUGUAUGCAUGGCAAAUGAAUGAUUUUUUUUAAUUUAUGACUUGGCAAGUCAGGGUGCCUGUAGCAGUUGCUUGUAUAUAGUGUCAAUGCUGCAAAGCAAUCUUGGCUUACGGUCGUUUCUCUAAAGGUCAUUUGAAAGAAGGAACUCCAAAGUUGUUAUUCUCAGGGUAUAAAAAUAGGCAAAGACUGUAUAUUGCCUUCCCAGCUUCUUUGAAAAAAUUAGGACAAUCUCUGUCCCAUAAUCAUUUGUCAGUAAUAGUACUUCCUAAUUUAUUAUGCAAUUUACCAUUCCAAAGCAAUAGCAAAAAAGUAAUUACCAUGAUAGGAAAAUUCAUUGUAAUUUUGAAUAUGUGUUUUUAUUUUGUCUUAUGGCCAUUCUUUGUAGUUUUUUUUCCUGCACAUCUGUUUAAAAAAACUCAAGAUUGGCAGGGGGUGGGGGUACCUGUUUCAAGAAUGAAGUUUUUGUUUUGCCAAAGGAAAAUCCAAGAAUCCCUUUAGUUGGAACACUGCUAGGUAACCAGAAAGAAUGAACUGGAGCAUAAAAUUAUCCCCAGAGAGGGAAUGUCAUACUGGUAUAGGCAGAGACAGAAAGUUGAGAGGUGUUUUCUCUCAAGCUCUGCCAGAAAGAAUACUUCUGAAAGAAGUAAUUGUACAUCACGAAGUUUUGAGCAAUAGUAUUACAAGGGGGAAAAACUUAUUUCCCCCCUCCCAAGUAUGUGUACAAAGACCCCAAAGAUGCUUCCUGUGAAGGAAGUUGUUGCUAAGGCUUUUACCAAUGAAGUCUUAUGAGAGAAUCUGAUGUAUGGAUUCUCAGGGGAAGAAAAUGUGAUGGAUUUUCCCCACAUCUGUCUGCCACUUUCCUUGGAAAGAAGUUGGUAACUGGUAAUUGGCGUACCAGUUUUUUGUUUGUUUGUUUUCCUGUAUGACUCAAGAUUUCUCUCAGUAUUUGUAUUAGUACAUUUUGUGGUUAAUUUAAUUAAAGAUUAAAAGGGCAUUGCAAAGUUGCUGAACAACAGUUACCUCAUUGAGUGUGUCCAGUGGUGCAGAAAAUGCUGUUUUAUCUAAUGCUGUGCUACGUUAGAGAACAAACCAAAAUGUGCAGUGGAGAAGACAGAAUGCACAUUCUUUACUUUUUAAAUCUUUUUUGUGUUGCUAAGCCCAAAGAUAUCAUGUUGGCAUACAAGGUGUAGCAAAGAAUACAUGUGUAUUUAUAGAUAUUUAUACCAAUAUACCAUAUAUGUGUGAAUGUCCAUGUGUGUAUGUGUAUUUUAUACUACUUAAGUUUGUGAGCCGAACUCUGUAAUAAAACCUAUUUUACAUAACCAGCUUCACCCUACAAAGGGCUGAAUUAUCAGUCACUAAAUCAUAAUACAUGCUAAGGAAUUCAUCAUUUGUCAAUAUUGUGCACAGUAUUUUACCUGAGGUUUGAUCCUGCAAGCUGAUGUCAAUAUGAAUACUUUUAUCUAUAUAGUAGACGCAAAGAAUUCUUUGAAGGUUGUAUGGCUGAGUCUUUUAUCCCCUUAGUUCUUGCUUUGAAACAAAGCAACAACCGAAAAUCUAGGCUGGGGCAACCCUUCGCCUCAAAUCUCACCCACCUAUAUAUGGUAUAAAUAUGAUACAAACUGGUAAAAAGUAGAAUGAGCUAUUUAAAGGGUUUGGAGAAGAGUACUAUCAUUUUCUCUGCCUCUUUAAAAGCUGCAUGAUCACAUGUACAUAGCAGAGAAAAGAACCAACACUGUUAUACUCUUUACCAUUGUGUGUAUAUAUUCCUAUCUCAUUAUAGUCUUAAGGGAUUAGACUGCUUCAGAAAUGAUCUCAGUCUAAUGCCUCCUUAUUUAAAACACCAAACAUAUCCAUGGCCUAAAAAUAACUCAGUAACAACGUUAAAUAUAACUUUUGAAGGAAGAACUACAGUUCAUUACAUUUCUGCUCCCGUAAAUUGUGAGGCAAGCAUUUUUAAAUGUAGCGACGUUUCAUAAAUGUAGUACUUAACUGUAGGAUUAAUCAAAGUACCACUACUCUUAACACUGGACACACACUUGCUUUUAUUAAUUGCCUGUAGUGCUUUCUUGUAUUUGAUACAAAUUUUACAAAGAUUUAUAUGCAGCUUUAAGAGUUUUGCUCCUUUUCUGUCCAAUCUUCUCCCCAUUUAGGACCUUUAACAUGUGAAUGUAGCAACAAUCAGUGUUUUUUGAAGAGGCUCUGACCAAAGUUAACAGGCUUUUUACUUUGCUAGAACAAACUAUCUUAUGUUUACGUACUGGUUUACAUUGUUAUUUAUGUGCAAAAUGUCAAAAUGUAAAUUAAAUAUAAAAUGUUCAUUGCUUUA